CACUGUCCCCUAGCUGGGCAAGGGGCAUUUGGUACACCUGCUGUCUGACAGCCCCUUCCCCUGGUGUGGACUCACGAUGCUCUGGACCUGUCCAGUGCUCCACUGCCACUCCAGGCCUUCCUCUGGGGGCUGGCAGCCCCUUCGCUUUGAUGGUGGGGCCUUCUACCGCAAGGGCACAGGGGAGUUGGCACGGGCUUUGCUGGUGCUGCGGCUAUGUGCCUGGCCCCCUCUGGUUACCCAUGGACUGGCGCUCCAGGCCUGGUCUCAGCGACUCCUGGGCUCUCGGCUCUCCGGUGCACUUCUCCGAGCAUCCAUCUAUGGGCAGUUUGUGGCAGGGGAGACAGCAGAAGAAGUAAGGGGCUGUGUCCAGCGGCUCCAGGCCCUGGGACUUCGGCCCCUGUUGGCAGUGCCCACUGAAGAGGAGCCAGACUCGGCUGCCAAGACCAGUGAGACCUGGUAUGAGGAAAACCUCAGCACCAUGCUGCACUGUGUGGACCUGUCUCGAGCCCUCUUGGACACUGCUGGCCAGGCUGGGAACGGCCUUAUGCAGCUGAAGGUGACAGCGCUGAGCAGCACUCGACUAUGUAAGGAGCUGACGGCUUGUAUCCAAAAGUCAGGGGGCUCCUCAGAACUGAGCCCAGAGAGGCUAGCAGAAGCCAUGGACUCCGGGCAGAGCCUCCAACUCCCUUACCUCAAUGCCGAGCAAAACCAGCACCUACAGGCCUCUCUCAGACGCUUGCACCAAGUGGCACAGCAUGCCCGGGCCCAGCAUGUGAGGCUCCUGGUGGACGCCGAGUACACCUUUAUCAACCCUGCACUCUCCCUGCUGGUAGCUGCACUGGCCAUUCGCUGGAACAGUCCUGGGGAAGGAGGGCCUUGGGUGUGGAACACUUACCAAGCCUACCUGAAGGACACUCAUGAGCGACUGGAGCGGGAUGCUGAGGCUGCACUCAAGGUUGGCCUGGCCUUCGGGGUGAAGUUGGUGCGAGGUGCCUAUCUGGACAAAGAGAGAUCAGUGUCACAGCUCCAAGGGACAGAAGAGCCCACUCAGCCUGACUAUGAGGCCACUAGUCGGAGUUACAGCCGCUGUCUGGAGCUGAUGCUGCGCUUCGUGUCCCACCAUGGCUCCCUGUGCCACCUCAUGGUGGCUUCCCACAAUGAGGAAUCUGUUCGCCGGGCAACUAAGCGCAUGUGGGAGCUGGGAAUCCCCCUGGAUGGGCCUGUCUGUUUUGGACAACUUCUAGGCAUGUGUGACCACGUCUCCCUGGCACUGGGGCAGGCCGGAUAUGCGGUGUACAAGUCCAUUCCCUAUGGCUGCCUGGAGGAGGUGAUCCCCUACCUGAUCCGGAGAGCUCAGGAGAACCGGAGCGUGCUGCAGGGUGCCCGCAGGGAACAAGCACUGCUCAGCCAGGAACUGCGCCGGAGACUGCUGGGGGGAGAGAGCUAAGGGCACUUCAUCAGCACCAACAGCACCAUGUGUUCAAUAAAGGUCCUGAGACUCUG